CCAACCAAUACGAAUUCUCUUUCUCUAUUCUCUGCGCUAUUCUCUAUUCUCUAUUCUAGAGAGAGAGAGAGAGAGAGAGAGGGAGAGAUGGCAGACGAGAGGGUGAAGACCGAAGCUCUCCAGAUAAUGGGAAUGUUCCAUGUUCUUCCUAGACUGGUCGUCUUCGAUCUCGAUUACACUCUCUGGCCUUUUUACUGUGAAUGUCGCUCUAAGCGUGAAAUGCCAUAUCUGUAUAAGGAUGCUAGUGGCAUAUUGCAAGCAUUCAAGGAAAAGGGUGUCGAUCUCGCAAUUGCUUCUCGGUCACCUACUGCAGAUACAGCUAAGACAUUUCUUGACAAACUCAAUAUUACAACCAUGUUUGUAGCUAAGGAGAUUUUUUCUAGUUGGACUCAUAAAACAGAUCACUUCCAGAAAAUUCAUUCCAGAACUGGAGUCCCCUACAGCUCAAUGCUUUUCUUUGAUGACGAAGAUAGGAACAUAAAAGAGGUUUCUAAAAUGGGGGUAACAAGCAUUUUGGUUGGUAAUGGGGUCAAUCUUGGAGCACUAAGGCAUGGUCUAACUGAAUUUUGUGAAAACGUGAAUACUUCUGAGAAGAACAAGCAGAGAUGGAUUAAAAAAUUCUCCGGAAAUUCAAGUUCAUCUGAUAAAAAUGAGAAGAAAUGAGUAUCUCGAGAUGUUGAUCUCUGUAGUUUGCAGGAUAAUUUUUAAACGACCAUAUUAAGAUGAUGAUUAAUGAUUGUUGUACUGAUUUAUCAAGAAAUGCUUUCUUGAAUACUAGUCUUCAACAUGUUACAACGAUUAAACCAUUCAGAACUAGUCAAUUCUACAAUCUCCUUUCUCUGUAUUAAUUGUUUGUUAAUACUACUAUCUAUAUACAAAUCCAUUAUUAAAUUUUCAA